UAGAGACAGCGUACAAAUGUUAGGCUUGCCGAAAAGGCAGUCCAGGUCACGUGUGGACGCGGAACCGGCGUGAAAGUUAAAGCAGGCAUAUGCAGCUUCGAGUGCCACCUCACCUCACGUUACCACCUGCAGUAGGUCCACAACGAUGCCACAGCUCCCACGCAGAUCAGCACCGCUCCUACGAAAGGUCAAGGGCAAGUCGCACGCCAGUGACGAUGAUCAUGAAGUCGAUGCUACAUUUGGCGCAAACCAGCUUCCUACACCAUCUUCAACGAACAGUGCGCGCAGCGCGACAGACAGUAGCAGGCUGAAGGUCGUUGACGAUAUCGAUAUCUACGCCGACCCCAUAUCUAGCGAUGACGAGCAUCAGACAGGCUUCCAAAACGCGCCGAGUCUUCCGUCAUCCACUGCACCUGGAGCUGGCUCGCCUACGUGCAAGCGAAUCGGUCCGCUUGUUGGGCCCAUAUCGGAGAGAUCAGACCUCCGUUCCCAACGGUUAUCUACGCGCAGCCCACCACAGAGCUCAGGAAACAAGCGCAGUAUCACGGCGGCUUCCGAACACCCCAGCAGCGAGAGCGACGAGAUGGCGGUCGAUUGGAUGAUGGGCUCGCAGUCUAAGAAGCCUAAAAUGUCCGCUUACACCGCCAAUGUACACGCCCAGCCCAGGGUGAAGACUGUGCAGUAUGGUGGAAAGGCGCAGAAACAGCGGUCGCGGGAUGCGGUGCAGAAGAAGAAGGCUGGGUUUAAGCACAUACCGCCAGUGGAGGAGACGACGAAUGCCGCGAAGCCAGCCUUUAAGCGGCCAACUGUGACGUCUGAUAUGUUCAUGUUUGGUGCAGAUGCUGCGUUCAAGCAGCCUGGUCAGCAUGACUCGGUUUCUGGCCAUCAUGAAGACGACUCGUCGUCUCUUAGCGACUAUCCGGACUCGCCGCAACUGGUAAAUGUCGAAGUGCGCUGCGCCGCACCGCGGUCUCCCGAGUGUGCCAUCUGCGGCGACGCUGUUAUGCCUUCUCUGCGAGAGGACUUUGAAGACCAGCAUGGUCUCCGAGGAGUGGCUUUCACCUACAAGUGGCAACAGCGCUUUUGCAGAUAUCACAAGUUACAUCAUGCCCGAGACGUGUGGGAGCAGCGCGGCUUUCCUGACAUCGACUGGGAUGGCCUACCUACGCGACUGAAGCAGCGCAAGCACACGACACACAUCAAGCGAGUCAUCAGCGGCGAGAUAGAGAGCUCCUUCCGCAGAGAAUGGGAAGCAAAGGUAAAGAAGGGCGCUCGGUCUCUACAACAAGCGGCCGACGACGAUGACGGUGCUCGGCGCGCUUCUGCGGGUUAUUAUGGGCCGCGAGGUGAAAAGUUGAUGUCCGACCACAUCCUCGCUUCCUUCGGCGACCUCUUGCGCAAUCAUGCGGCCAAAGACAAGCUUAUCGCUUCCGCUGGGGUUUCGGGUGGCGUGUCGGGCUUCGUGCAGAGUGUGCUUGUUCCCGAAAUUGCUGUCUCCCUCAUACGUGAGGAUCUUGGAGCGAAGAAGGUACGGGAUGGCGAGCAGAUAUUGCUCCUGAGCGCCGAGCUGGGUGAGAUGCUGCAUCCGGAGCUGGAUGAUCUGGCUGUUACACGACCGAAUGUUAGUGAUGAUGAGGCAAUGCGGUAG